AUGUGCAGUGACUCCGAUUUGUCAGAAACCUCAACAAGAUGCUAUGCUGCCGUGAACGAGUGGAAGGCAUCCGACGAGUCCGAGGAGGCUCAUGUCAGGCUGCUCAUAGAAAAAGGCGAGCCUAUUCCACUCACCAUCCUGUGGGGUGCAGUGUACUGGCGCAGGCCAGAAGUGGUUGAUCUACUCCUGUCUGUUGGGGUAGACCCAAAUCGACGUCAUGCUAGAGCUGAGCGGAUCAUGCCUCGAGGUGAAAAUGACUGGCUUGACAGAGAACCGGAUCGAAUGCCUUGGCCAGAUGACGGUGCCCAGUUUCCCCUCGGAAUCGCUGCGAACAUUCCAAGCGACGAGGACCAACAAGAGAAGGCGUACCGCAUGGUCAGAUCACUUCUACGCCAUGGCGCAGAUCCGUAUGCCCUCUUCACGUCCCAAUUGAGUGAAGGCUUAUACUCCAAGGAUUCUCGCCCUUUGUUCCCUGGACAAGAGAUCAGCGAGCCAAUAGAUCCAACAGGUAUUGGGGAGCAUCAAGGCCAAAGAAUCGAGGACAUCCUCGGCCCCGACUUCCGCGGAACUUUACCAAAGGUAGUGGUUACCGACUUUGGCCUUCGCAGCGUCAUUCAUUCCGUUUUGGACAGCGGCGACUACUUCAAGCCUUUUCUCGAGUCUCCCGAAUUCAUGAAGAAUCUAAAGCUUGAACAUCGCGACCCUCAGGGCCGUACUCUUUUCCUAUCAGCCUGUCGUAAUCAAUUUGGGGCAGAUUCGCCGCUUGACGAAUUCCCCCACCAGCAUACCGACGCGGAACCAGGGCUACACCAUGAGAGCGAUCAACCCCCUGGCGUCAACUCAGGACCGUCUGUCAACGUGAAGGGAGCUCAACCUCAGACGGUGGUCGAAGCGCUGCUGGAUUUGGGCGCAGAUCCACUGGCCACGGACAACCAAGGGAAAAACGCCUUGCAUCAGUUGCUAGAAGCACACUUAAUGGGCGGCGAUAAACCGCCUGCGAUCUGUCAGACAUUGCACUAUCUGAUUGCCCGAUUUCCAUCCCUAGUCAACCAGCCAGAUCACAAUGGACUGGCUCCGAUUCACACAGCCAUAAGGCGUAUGUGGCAGUAUUCGACAGUUUCAUCCAAAGACCAGCUCUGUGACGAGUUUCGACCUCCCGAAGACUGUGUUCUUGAACUACUCGAAGCUGGUGCAAAUGUCCAUGCUCGUGAUGCCAGCAACAAUACCGUCAUUCACUAUCUCGCAGAUGGCUUUCUGGAUGCUUUCGACGGAGGCAAUCGCCGCCGACAACUCUUCUACAUGCUACUCGACAAGUAUCAAUGCGCCCAAUACAUCAACUCAGCCAAUAAUUUAGGCCUUACCCCAAUCCAGCUUAUGCUUUCCUACACUGAAUGCAAGGAUGAGAUCCACAGCUGGGAAUGGAGCAGCUGCUAUUGGAACAACCUUCCCAACAUGCAGCCCGUAGACGAGGAGCUCUUUGGCAAAUUCGACGAACUAGGCACUGACUGGAUGGUUCGAGAUAAGUUUGGAAGGACGCUGCUACAUGGCGUCCUGCAGGUCCAGGCCUGUAUGACUAGAGUACAAUGGAGAUGCAGGUAUCUGCUCCAGAAGGGCGUCGACCCGAUGGCUCGUGAUUUUGAGGGGAAGACGGCCCGGGAUCUGGCCCUUGAGAGACAGGAUUCGACAACAUUGAGAAUUCUCGAAGAGGCUGAGCAAGCCGCGGCACACGGCAAAAACUAG